UGCUCAUGAUUCUCCUAAAGUAUACAGCACCUCUAUUGAUUAACUCAGACGUAGCCUUUCAGUGUCCAGUUCUCUCUUGCCACCGACAGUGGCCCACUUACUAUCAAGUAAUCAUAUCUUGCGGAAUGCGUGCGCGAACCAGUCAGCAGCCAUGCAUGCAAACACAUAUAUGAACACGAGGUACGCCGCCUUUGUCUUCCCUUCAUCAACAUCCACCGUCCCCUUCGCCCUCCGCUGACGCGCUCGCAACACCGUGACAUGGCUGAUUAUGAGAUGGGAUCCUAUGGCCCCAGUACGAGCCGUGGAGGUGGUGGCAGUGCCGGUGGCGCCCGUGGCCAGAAGCGACAGAGAAUCGAAGGACCGGAGCAGACAGGCGGCCAACAACAGGCCGUCAAGGUCAAGGUCAUGCGUGUGAAGGCGAACACUAGGACGGCGUCGAAGCCGGUCGGGCCAAGCAGUCACCACUUGACGAAGGAUGAGGUUCCGGAUGAGUUCAAGACGGCGAAGUUCGCAUUGCAGAUUCAUAUCCGUGUCGCUGCUUGCCUACCGAACCAAGUCUCCGUUCCGGAAGUCGUCAAGAAGGUGGACGCCGAUAAGGUCCUUGCUAGUCUCAAGGUGCCGGAGCGGUCCUCGGUGAAGGAUGAGCUGCUCAAGCAUCACAACCUGACUGUAGACGAAGACAACACGUUCUACAGAAGGCUGUAUGACAGCAGUCAGUCCUGCGUUGAUGGCGAUCUUGCCCCCGUCAUCCGUCAAGUCCCAUCGCAGGUGCUGUCUAUGAUUGCGGGCGCCUGCCUUGCGCUUGGUCUGCCGUCGUGGAGGCCGGACUUCCUUGGCAGUGCUGGGAGCAGGUAUAAUCAGAUCCACGAGGACGUCGCCAUCGAGACGUUCGAGCAGGUCGUCAGAGGAAAGGCCUAUAACUACAUGGGCAUCCGGAAGGACGUGAUCCUUAAGGAUCUCGAGAAUGGUGCCCGCGUUCUCCGCGCCUUGUACCGCAGCUUCGUAUAUUCGCGCCUAGGCAAUCUUCUGAAGAUCGAGCUUAAGGAGGCGGGGAGCAUCAAGAAGUCAAUCGAGAACAACAAUCGGUACCGGCGGCGCAAGUCUCUGGCCAUGGUACGCGCUGGGCUGGUGGCUGAUGAGGGCGCUCAUCCUCGCAUUGUGAAGUUCCUCGAGCGUGCUGAUCUUCAGUCGGACGACGAGUACGACAACAACACGAAGAAGUACUAUAUCCUGCCCAAGGAGGCGCGCUCCGAGAAGCUCAGGCACUUCUUGCGUGCACUGGACGAGGGACACGUUGCUAAGCCACGCCGCACAACAGGGAGGUCGCCGAAGGGAGCGACAUUCCGUACCCGCGAGCAUCCCCCUGCUCCUCUCGCGCAGGCUGACAUCGAGGUGCUGCCACGGAAGGACAUACCUAUCGACUACUUCGAUCCCGGGUACUUCAACAACACGCUGACUUUGCGUGAGCGGGCGGAAUACACUGCGCAAGGGGUGCGCGUUGCGCUGCCUAGCAUCGCUCACAUUCAGAACAAGACCUGGAGCCAGCUGCGUGACACUGACUGGAUGAAGAUGCCGAACAGGAAGUUCCAGAAGCAGUACAGCGCAGCUGUACUGCAGGAUUACAGGAUACCAACUGCGCAGGACCGCGAGAACCUUAAGAACAAGUUUGCUGCCGAUCCUUGGGAUACAUCCAGCGAAGGAGAGGAUGAGGAAGGCGAAGUAUCGGACUAGGCGACAGUGGCUGACCGGUGGUAUAUGGAC